AUGUCCGCGCCGGCUGCGGGGCGGCGGGGACGGCUGCUAGGCUCGGCGAUCCCGCCUGGUGGCCGGCGCCCAGGCGCGGAGGCUCCUGCCGGCCCGAGGCUGGAGCUCGGCGGCUCUGCCCUCCGCCGCGCCCCGGCCGGAGCUCUCGGCGAGACGUGCGGAGAGCCCGGAGGGCGGCCCCGGCUCCGGGGGCGCGGCGCCUACUCGGACGCCCGGCGCGCGCCGACCGCCCGGGCCGGAGAAGCGGCGGCCGCCACCGCGCCCGCCCCAGUACCUCGGCCGCGCCGCCGCCGCCGCCCGCGUCGGCCGCUUGCUGGCCGAACCCGCCGCCCUCGGCUUCCCGGGCUCGGCGUCCGGAGAGCCGCUCCUGCCUGCGCCGAGCAGGAGCUGCGGGGGCAGCGCGAGCCGGGGACGAGCGCGGCGGAGGCGGAGGCGGAGACGCGGCGAGGGGGGCCGAGCGCUACCCCGUGGCCGCGACUGGAGAGCAGCCUGCGCGCGGGGAGGGGGGGCGGCGGCGGCGGCCCCGAGCCAGGCCCGGGAGCGAGCCCCGCGGAAACGCGAGCCGUUUGCGCGGCCGCGGGCGCCCAGCGUCUCCGGGACCCGCCGGAGGGCAGCAGUGGCAACCUGGAACCUUAG